AUCAAUGCAGAGUGUGUGUCAGGCUGUGUAUGUCCUGAUGGUCUGCUGUCUGAUGGAAACGGAGGAUGCAUCAAGGAAGACCUAUGUCCCUGUUCUCACAAUGGAGUCUAUUACCAACCUGGACAUGUGCUCAAACACUUGCGAAGGCAGAAAAUGGCAGUGUACCAAUAAGCAGUGUGAUGGGAUGUGUGCCAUAUAUGGAGAUGGGCAUUUCAUCACUUUUGAUGAGGAAAGGUUCACUUUCAAUGGAGAUUGUGAAUACAUUCUUACUCAGGACUACUGCAGCAACAAUCCAAACGGUACCUUUAGAGUGAUCACAGAGAACAUUCCCUGUGGAACCACCGGCACCACCUGUUCCAAGGCCAUCAAGCUCUUCUUGGGGAACAAUGAGAUCAUACUAGCAGAUGAAUCUGUAAAAGUGAUCAAACAAGAGAACGGGGUGGACGUACCAUACCAGGUCCACUCUAUCGGUCUCUAUGUUGUUGUUGAGGCUGAAAAUGGCCUGAUCCUCAUGUGGGACAAGAAGAAUAGCCUGUUCAUCAAACUCAGCUCUACCUUCCAGGGGCCAAGUGUGGUCUGUGUGUGUAACUACGACGGUAAUGGAAAGAACGACUUCACGUCCAGAAACCAGGAAGUGGUUGUUGAAGCUCUGGAGUUUGGGAACAGCUGGAAAGUGUCACCCAGUUGCCCCAACGCUGAUGUCAUAAAAAACCCAUGCACUUUAAGAUCAUACAGGCAGUCCUGGUCUCUGAAACGCUGCAGCAUCAUCACCAGUAACGUUUUCUCAGCCUGCCACUCACAGGUGGACCCCACGCCAUUCCAUGAUGCCUGUGUGAGGGACUCGUGUGCCUGUGACACUGGGGGAGACUGCGAGUGUUUCUGUACAGCUGUAGCAGCCUACGCCCAGGCCUGUAACGAGGCAGGGGCUUGUAUCAAGUGGAGAACACCAGAUAUCUGCCCUCUGUUCUGUGAUUUCUACAACCCUAUUGGUGAGUGUGAGUGGCAUUAUAAUCCGUGUGGAUACCCCUGUAUGAAGACCUGCAAGAAUCCCUCAGGAACAUGCUCCAGUCAGAUCCCUGCACUGGAAGGUUGCUAUCCAAAAUGUCCUUCGGCCCAGGCUUAUUUGGAAGAAAGUACCAUGAAGUGUGUCAGUAAGAAGGACUGUGGUUGCUACAAUGGAGAUGGAACUCAUUACAACGAUGGAGAGGUUAUACCUUCCAAGGAGAACUGUCAGACAUGUCGUUGCUCAUCAACUGAGGUCAGAUGCAGCUAUGAUGUCCAAGCUUGUUAUUGUUUCUACGACGGCAGAACAUACCCGUAUGGAGCGACCAUAUAUCACACAUCUGACGGUGACGGGACCUGUAUUACUGCCACCUGCAAAGAGAAUGGAACUAUUGUCCGGAUUAUGAACCCCUGUCCCAGCACCCCAACUCCAACAACUACACCAAGUGUUACAACACAGAUAUUCACUCAAGCACCGGCCACAUUUGUUUUCUCAACUCCUGCCACUACCCCAACAACAACCCCUACCGCUACCCCCACAACAACCCUUACCACUACCCCCACAACAACCCCUACCACUACCCCCACAACAACCAUUACACCGACAACAACCCCUUCUACUACCCCCACAACAACCUCUACUUCACCAACACCCACUUUACCCACUACUACUCCACACUGCCUGACCAAGACUGUCUGUGAUUGUAACAGAGGAAGUUACAACUGGUCCAGAAUCAACAACACCUACUACCUCUACCACAACAACAAUACUGACAACCAACAGAGAAAGUCCAUCAACCACAACAACAUCUAA